AUGUGGGCGGCGGCGAGGACGACCGGCGCAACAGCAGCAGCCGCGGUAGCGNGUCGAACCAAGGUGGAGGGAGGGCGGAGAGAGAACCUGUGGAUGGAGGACCAGGUUUCAACCUUGGCACGACGGCAGCCCCGGGGACCGCGUGGCCGCCCGCGCGCGUCGCGCCGGCCGCGCCCCAGGAAUCGGGCGCGGACGAGGCUGGCGAUGGCGCCCCCUCGAGCAGGGAGGGCGCAAGCGUCGCCCCAUCUGCCACGUCGAUCGGCACGGCCGAUGUGGGCGGCGGCGAGGACGACCGGCGCAACAGCAGCAGCCGCGGUAGCGGCGGCAGCGGCAGCGACAGCAGCAGCGGCGGCAGCAGCGGCGAUGACGGCGGCAGCGACAGUAGUAAACAAGAAGGGCAUGAACCUCAAUCACUGGAAUGUAAAGCAGCCGUACACACACCCCACGCUAGACGAGGAGGUUUUUCUGAGGCUCCCCGCUGGGUGCGGCGACAAAUCGCAUAAGAUUGUUAAGGCUGAGCGUGCGAUUUACGGUCUGAAGCAGAGCGGUAGGCAGUGGGGGUACCACGCUGCUGGUACGCUAGUCGAGAGCAGGUUCGAGCAGUGCAAGGCGGACCCGUGUGUUUUCCGCAAGAUGGUAGACGAAGUCGUGGUGAUGAUUAUCGUGAUCUACCUGGAUGACAUUCUGGUGGCUGGGUCUGACGAGGAUUGCGAGGAGUUGCUUGCUUCUCUCAACAAAACAAAUCCUACCAAUAGUCUUGGAGAAUGCGAAUGGUUUGACGGCAUGGUGAGACGCUUUGAUGUGCAAUCGACCUCCCGCAUCCCUGCUUCCCCUGGUGCCGACCUAGGACCGAAGCAAGGUGACGAGAAGGGAGGGCAGUGGCCGGUGAGGGAGGCCAUCGGCAGCAUGAUGUGGGUGUCGACUUUCUCGCGUCCAGACGUCUCGUUCGCCGUGCGUGCGUGGGAUGCCAUCCAGAAGAUCGUCGGCUACUCGAAGGGGACGAGGGACCUCGGCAUCACCUACCAACGGGGAUCGGGGUUAGGGCUGGCCGUGUACGUAGACGCUAGCUACGCCGACACGGAGGAUAGGCGUUCGGUGUCAGGGUUGGCGACGACGGUGGGAGGUACCGUAAUCAGCCAUGGUAGCAACACACAGAGCAUCGUGUCUGUGUCUUCGACGGAAGCCGAGUACAUUGCUGCCGGGGAGGGCGUCAAGGAGGCGUUGUUUGUGCGUGCUGUGCUUUCGUUUGUCCCCCCAGAAACCAGUGGUAGCAGCAUCGAGGUCCUUGAUGACAACCAGGGGGCCAUAGCGUUGGUGCAGAACCCCCUCAGGUCAGGUCGCACGAAACACAUCGACGUGAGGUAUCAUUUCAUCCGAGGAUUGUUUAGGUCGGGGGAUAUUUCGGUCAAGUUUGUUCCGACAACGGAGCAACACGCGGACCUCCUUACCAAGGCCCUUAGCAGGGUCAGUCUGCAGUACCACCGGCGCAAGCUGAUGAAUUUGCCGGAGUAG